CACAGACGCACCCAUUCUCUGUGUGGUGUCUGCAGUCAGAUCCCAGCCUGUGCCGACUAGCUGCAAUGCUAUAUCCAUAGAUAGACCGACACUUAUCGUAGGCCUUAAUACCAUUAGGAACACCGCAGGACGGGCUUCGCUGUGAGCACGGUUCGGUUGAUUCUUUCAAUAAACAUGGCCACUGUGGCGAUUCCAGCAAAUACCACAGCACUGUUGCUGGAUAUUGAGGGGACAACAACACCGAUAACCUUUGUUAAGGAUAUCUUAUUUCCAUACAUCAGAGAUCAACUUGAAGAUUAUCUGUCAACCCACUGGGAAGAAGAUGAGUGCAAACAGGAUGUUCAUCUUCUAAAGAAACAGCUGGAGGAGGACCUCCGGCAGAACCGGGCGUGUCCCGUGCACGUGCUUGACCAGACGGUGCACACGGAUGAGGAGAAGGCCAUCCACGAGGUGAUGGAAAACGUCCUGUGGCAGAUGGCGGCUGACAGGAAGACCACGGCGCUCAAGCAGUUCCAGGGUCACAUGUGGCGGGCGGCUUACUCUGCAGGGAGAAUCAAAGGCGAAAUGUAUCAGGAUGUAGUUCCGUCUAUUAGAAGUUGGAGGAGACACGGCCUGAAGGUGUACAUCUACUCCUCUGGAAGCGUGGAGGCCCAGAAGCUUCUGUUUGGAUACUCUGUGGAAGGAGAUGUUUUAGAUCUUUUCGAUGGCCACUUUGAUACGAACAUCGGACUCAAGGUGGAGGGUAAAAGCUACGAGAGGAUUGCUGAACGGAUCGGUUGCCCGCCUGAAGAAAUCACAUUCUUGACGGACGUCUCUAGAGAAGCGAAGGCGGCGGAAGACGCAGGGAUGAACGUGGUGGUGGUGGUGAGGCCGGGGAACCUGGAGCUGAGCGAGGAGGAGCGGGGCCUCUACACACUCGUCACAUCCUUCAACCAGCUCCAAGUCACGGGGAGCGUUUAACACUGACCCCUGGGAGGGAGAGAGAGGCUCGGUCUCCACGACCGCUAACCUCUCUCUCUCUCUCUCUCGUACUCAGUGACAGUCAAGAUCAAACCAAGGGGACUACUAGCCACGCCUGGAACCCAUCUCUAAGGAUUUUUUUCUUUUUCUUUUUACAUGAUCGUCCUAUUUAAAUGUAUGACCACCGAAUUCUUAACCUCAGAGUUAAGAAAGAAAAUGGACCCCGGGUCCGCAAUACCCUCUUGUGCCAUGUGUUUAGUAGAAGAAGUAAAGAAAUAAAUAAAUUGUGAGUAGAUUAAAGCCGUUGAUAACCAACCAACCUAUAGUGAAUGCCCACAGCGUGCCAACUGUUCUAAAUAUACACCAGUAUGGUGGCUUCUUCAGGAUGGGUCACCUCCCGUCACACAGCAGAAGCUGAGUAUGUUUGUAAGUGUUUGUCUAGCGUUUUUUUGUAAUUCCCGUUUCUCUUCCACUCAUGUACAGUUGUCGUGUCCUAUAAACGUGUUUGAAUGCGUUGUAAGGAAUGUUGUCCAUGAAUAACCUCUUAAGAAAUAUUUUAAUCCAGUUACGCAAACGGCAUUGCAUUUUCUUCUGAUACUGAUGAGAAAACAGAUGCACACAACAAAAUAAAAGCGCACACACUUCAAAAUGUAUUUAAAUGUGCUACUUGAUAUAUGACAGUGAUAUCUGCCUAAGAUUCGCCCUAAUGUAAUGGCUCUGUACCCGACGUCUAAAUCCUGACCAUACAUGAUUUGACGAAACCUUCCAAUAAAUUAAUUGUAUACUGAA